AUGCAGGCCCGGCCGUGGUCCCGGCAGGAGACGCUAGCCCUGCGGCGGCAGCUCGUCGGCUCUUCCUGCAAGCUCUUUUUUCCUGAAGAUCCAGUGAAGAUUGUUAGGGCAAAAGGCCAGUAUAUAUAUGAUGAACAUGGAAGAGAAUACCUUGACUGUAUCAACAAUGUGUCUCAUGUUGGGCAUUGCCAUCCAGAUGUAGUAAAAGCAGCACAUGAACAGAAUCAGUUGCUAAAUACAAAUUCUCGCUAUCUCCAUGACAAUUUGGUGGAUUAUGCAAAGAGACUUUCUAAAACACUGCCUGAGAAGCUGUGCACAUUCUAUUUUUUGAAUUCAGGAUCAGAAGCCAAUGAUCUUGCCUUGAGAUUGGCACGACAAUAUACAAAACAUGAGGAUGUUAUUGUUCUGGACCAUGCUUACCAUGGACAUCUGACAUCCUUGAUUGACAUAAGUCCAUAUAAAUUCAGAAACCUAGAAGGACAAAAGGAAUGGGUCCAUGUGGCUCCUCUCCCAGACACAUACCGUGGAAUAUACAGAGAAGACCAUAAAGAUUCAGUCCUAGCCUAUGCCAACGAAGUGAAAAAAAUAAUUGAUCAAGCACAAAAAAAGGGCAGAAAGAUUGCUGCAUUUUUCAUUGAAUCUUUGCCAAGUGUUGGUGGUCAGAUCAUUCCACCAGAAGGUUAUUUCCAGAUGAUAGCAGAACACGUACACAAGGCAGGAGGAGUUUUUGUUGCUGAUGAAAUUCAGGUUGGCUUUGGCAGGGUUGGCAAAUGUUUUUGGGCAUUCCAGCUUCAGGGAGAGGAUUUCGUACCUGAUAUUGUCACUAUGGGCAAACCAAUGGGAAAUGGGCACCCCAUCGCCUGUGUAGCAACAACUAAAGAAAUUGCAGAAGCAUUUGCAGACACUGGAGUGGAGUAUUUUAAUACAUUUGGAGGAAAUCCUGUUUCAUGUGCAAUAGGUUUAGCAGUUUUAGAUGUGAUUGAGAAGGAACAUCUUCAAGCACAUGCCACACAAGUAGGCAACUUCUUGAUGGAAUUACUGAAUCAGCAGAAGGUCAAGCAUCCUAUCAUUGGUGAUGUCAGGGGUGUUGGAUUAUUUAUUGGAGUGGAUUUGAUAAAAGAUCAAGAGAAAAGGACCCCAGCUACUAAAGAAGCUGAGUAUUUAAUAACAAGAUUCAAGAGAGAAUAUAUUCUGUUAAGUACAGAUGGUCCAGGAAGAAAUGUGCUUAAGUUCAAGCCUCCACUGUGCUUUACUAUGGACAAUGCCAAAUUAGUUGUGGACAAAAUGGAUGAAAUAUUAACAGACAUGGAAAGAGAAAAGACAUGUGAGCUAGUAGGAAACCACCAUUAACUUUAGGCCUCAGCUCUAUCUGGCCAGGUAAGCAUUUUAUCUUUUGCAGUUUGUUUAAUUAGAAUCACUAAACUAGUAAUAACAAUGCAUUUGGUGUAAAGAUCUAAGCAAUCAAAUGUUUGUCACAUUUUUGCAAAAUAGAUGACCCCUUCUGAUAUUCUAAUCACUAUUUUGAUUUAUGUAGGAUCACUUCAGCUUCUCAGCCCCCACAACCAUCUAUUCUCCCUCAAGUGAAAUGCCUGUUUUUUUGAUAUAAUUAAAUCUUUAUCCUUAAAGCACUUCAAAAUUUGACUACUCCAAUAGCAGCUGGAUCCUUUAGAACCUGCUGCUAUUAAAAGAAUAUCACCCAUUGUGCUGUCUGUUUAUGGUGAUAGAGAGGGUAGUUGAUUUUCAAUGUAUUUCAUUGUGUUGGUUGCUGCUUAUGUGACUGCUCUACUGAACCAUUGAGUAAGGCAAGUGCAACUUGGUCCAUUCUGGAAUCUACUCUAUUCUCCUGGAGUAAUCAAAGAAGAAAAACCAAAUACUCUGUGAGCUUCCUAUAAGGCAUAGGCCCUAACCUAUUUCUGUUGAUGUCAUUUGAAAUUUUGCCAGUCAAGGGAGUGGCAAUAAGACCAGAAGCAAAAACACAAUGUGGUGAACUAAGGAGAAAC